AUGGCGUACUCGAUUGAUGAAACGCAGCGAAAUACGAAAACUUCGAGCCUGACGGUGACUGGAGUGGCAGAACCAAAACAAAAACAAGACAAUGACGUCGAAGCACAAUAUACGGGGGUAUUUUUCAUGGCAACGAGCAAUGAACUUGAAACGUUCAACAACCAGGAAAGCCGCCUCAAUGAGGAGGUCCAGCGCCCAGAACGGAGUGCCCCUACAGAGGUAACUACGCAACAACAAGCAUCGAACUUGAAGUGUUUCGUUAACUCAGUAGCUCUCGAUAAAUCACUAAAACAACAAAUACAUCGUUUCUAA